AUGGCAGACGAUUUAAUGUAUUUCUUAAUCCAGUGGGAGGAUCGCUUUAUGUCCGUCAUCGACAUAAAGCACAUCGUCAAACCAGUAAAGAACAAGUUUGCCUACAAGGAGGGAGAGAUCAUUAGGGCGCAGUUUGGCAAGAAAAACAGCUACGAAGCUGUCAUCUGUGAAAUACAUCUUACUAUUGUUGAAGACAGUAAGGCUGGACAUCUUCUCAUGAAGCCAAGACCAGAAAGUGUUACCAGCAUGGAAACUGACAGUGUUAAAAAAGGGAUUUUGACGAACUUCAAGAUCAGGUUAGGCGCUUAAAGAAGAGGGUUCGGGAACUCGAAAGGUUCCAAGAUUCUGCGAAAUCCAGCAAUAAAGCAUCUAAUCUGCCUGAAGGACCAAUCCUGUCCAGCCAUGAGGACAGCCUUUUUGAGUGCUGUAAAAAACUUCUGGCUCUGUUUUCCACUGACUACAUUACUACCCAUAGUGUAACUGGUAGGAGAGCAAACACCAGCACAGAGCCCAAACCCAAAUUUGAUCCAAGAUUGUAUGCUUGCUUAAGCAAAGUGUUAAAAGAAAAGUUUCCUGGCACUAAAGACACACAAAUAACAUUGAAGGUGCGAGCUGUUCAAAAGGAAUGCAAAAAAGCUAAUCAGUAAAAUGAAGGUUUUACGGAAUAAAUUUUUGAUUGUUUAAUAUUGUUCCUAGUGUAGAUUUUUAUUCCUCAAAGCAGCCUUUAUUAUUAAAGGUGAAGAUGCAUUAAGUGUUAUAAAUACUUGUUCAUCUGUGGGUAUCAGAAAUUACGGUAUGUGUUUUGGUCAAGAUGGAUUAAAAUUUCUUUCAAAGGUUGAAAACCUAAUUUUGGAGGCAUUUUCUGCUGCAAAGCUCUGAAGCCUUUGUAUUUAGUGCUCAUAUACAGUGAUCAGUAGUUGUCUGUGUUCUAAUAAUUAUAUUCAAAUAGCACGUCCAUUAACCAUACUCUCACCAUGUUUAUUCAUGGUUAACCAUGUUCAUAGACCAUGUCCUAAUCAUAGUUUGACCAUGGUUCUCAUUUAACCAUGUUCAUAGACCAUAUCUUAAUCAUGGUUGAACCAUGUUUAUUCAUGGUUAACCAUGUUCUAAUCAUAGUUUAGUUUGACCAUGGUUCUCAUUUAACCAUGUUCAUAGACCAUAUCUUAAUCAUGGUUGACCAUGGUCGGCAAUUUGUUAUUUUGUUAAACCAAGGUCAUACAACCAUAGGUUGACCAUGGUUGGCAAUGGUCCAUUUCGCAGGGGAGACUUCUGUGAUUUACCUAGCCUGUUUUUAGCUCACCUGAAUUGCUCAGGUGAGUUAUUGUGAUCGCUCGAUGUCUGUCUGUCUGUUGUCUGUCAACAUUUAGCUUGUUAGUCAGGUUUGUCUGGUACAUGCUCAAUAACAGCUUCAAGGGGCUUAAAAUUACUUCGAUAGUGCUUUAAAGGUACUUCAGAUGGGACUUUAUCCAUGCUUCUUGAUAUACUUAAAAGAUACUUCUUUACAUGAAGCACAUUUGAGGCACAUAAUGCUACUUAUUUAAGAUGGAACUUUAAAUGUACUUUAGUGGGUGAGACUUCAAUUGUGCUUCCUUGAACGAAGCGUAUUUGAGGCAUAAUUUCCAUAUUUUUUACAGCUGGGACUUCAGUUGUGCUUCAUUAGAAGCUUCAAAGAUACUUCCCUGACGAAGCACAUUUGAUGCAUAAUUAGCAUAUUUUAGACGGGCCUUCAAGUGUACUUCUUCCUAUUGAUUGCUAAUACAUAGUUAUUGCCGUCAAACUGAAGUACAUUUAAAGCGCCAACUUCAGUAACGCUAACUUGGUACUCCAGAGGGGAGCUUUAUUUAUACUUCUUAUAUACAUCAAAUGUACUGAUUUUGCGGGUGGGG